AUGGCCUCCGGAGCCCUAGAGGCCGCGGAGCCCGAAGGGGCGGCGGCUCCUCCCCCCGUCGAGGGCAAGGAGGAGGAGCUCCCCGAGAAAUCAGAGGUGGAGGAGGCAGAUCAAGAGGACCGAGAGAUCGCCGCUCCGGAGGAGGAGGAGGCCGAGGCUUCCGACGAGGAGGCCUCGGCCGAAGAUGACGACGGGGACGACGACGCCCCCCCGAAAGGGAAGGAGAGAGGAAAUCGAGCGCGGCGAAGAAUAAGCAGAGCUCUCAUUUCAGCCUCCACCCGCACCGUCUCGGCGCGCACAUGGACGGAGCAAGCUCUCCACCGUCUCGGCUGCCGCGACCUGCUCACCCCUCAGCUCGUCGCCCGCGUGAUCGACCCUUUCCUGAUCCCCCACCUCUCGCUCGCCCUCGGCUUCUUCGACUGGGCCUCCCAGCAGCCCGGCUUCGCUCACGACCCCCUCACGUACCGCUCCGUCCUCAAGUCCCUCUCCGCUUCCCGACAGUCCAACGCCGUCGAGGCCCUGUUGAAGCGGGUCAGGGCCCGCGGGAUCAGCCUCGACGCCUCGGCAUACGGGCACGUCAUCGCCUGUUUCGUCAGGAACAAGAGGACCCACGACGGGUUUUUGGUUUUCAGCGAGAUUGGUUCGUUAGUUGGGGACGUUGGGCCCGACGUGUGUAACUUGCUUCUGGCUGCCCUCGCGUCUGAUGGGUAUAUCGAUAAUGCAAGGAAGGUGUUCGAUGAAAUGAUGCAGUGGGGUGUUCGUUUGAGCACUCUGGGAUUGGGCGUGUUCUUGUGGAAGUUUUGUGGUAAUGGGGAAAUUUCCGAGGUUCUGAGCGCGUUAGAUGAAGUUAGGAGGCGUAAUGCAGGGAUUAACGGGUCAGUUAUUGCCGUUUUGGUAGUUCAUGGUCUUUGUCAAGCUUCAAGGGUAUCAGAGGCUCUUUGGGUGCUGGACGAGCUGAGAAGUAGAAGCUGCAAACCUGAUUUUAUGGCGUAUAGAAUUGUUGCGGAAGCUUUUCGAGAAAUGGGUGAUGUGGUGCAGAAAGAGAGAGUUUUGAAGUUGAAGCGGAAGUUAGGAGUAGCUCCGAGGGCGAAUGACUAUAAAGAGUUUUUAUUUACUCUGAUUUCUGAAAGACUAAUGAAGGAAGCCUCAGAGUUGGGUGAAGUCAUCGUUAGUGGGGACUUUCCCCUGGAGGAUGAUAUCCUCAAUGCAUUGAUCGGAACAAUCUCAGCUGAUGAUCCCCAAUCAGCUAUCGCCUUCUUUAGGUUCAUGAUUAAGAAGGGAAAGUUCCCGACCCUUUUGACAUUGAGCAAUUUGUGUAGGAACUUAUGCAAGCACAACCAAACUGAUGUACUGAUGCAGGUGUAUCAAGUCUUGGAUUCUGGUGGUUAUUUUGCUGAUGCGGAGAGUUACACUGUGAUGGUCUCAUUUUUAUGCAGGGCUGGAAAAGUAAGAGAAGCUUAUGGAAUCCUUCAGGUGAUGAAGAAGAAAGGGUUGGGCCCAGAUGUGGUUGGCUAUAAUUCUGUUCUGGAAGCAUGUUGUCGGGAAGAUCUUAUACGUCCAGCAAAAAGGCUGUGGGAUGAGAUGUUUUCAAGUGGGUAUUCUGGAGAUUUUAGAACAUAUACUAUCUUGAUCAAGAAGUUCUCUGAAAUAGGGCAAGUUGAAGAGGCGAGGAGGCUGUUUUACCACAUGUUGGAGAACGGGUUGGAACCAGAUUCCUCAAUCUACAAAUCUCUCAUAGAAGGGCUUUGUCAAGAAGCAAACUUUGAAGUUGCCUUUAAUAUUUUCGAUAAGUGUAUUGAACAGGAUCCAACUCUUGCCAGUAGUGUCCUCAGUGCAUUCAUCCUGUGUCUCUGCAGAAAAGGUAAAGUUUUGACGAGCUCGGUAAAUACUGAAUUUGAGUAUUCUUGAUCUUAUAUAAUUGCACCAACAGAUAA